CCGGGCCGGCGACGGCGGACGGCGAAUGGCGGCGGCUCCGACGCGGAAGAAGCCGGGAGCGGCUGCCGCUCCUUGCGCCACGCUCUGAGCCCGGUGCCGGCCGGGAUGGCGGGCGGUGGAGCCCCGCGGGGGACGCGACGCUGAGCGGCGGCUCGGCCGUGUUCUGAUCUGCUUUCCCAAGUGAGUGUGGUGUGGCUGGGGCCAACAUUUAACAAUGAGCGGUGCAGCGUUGGGCCUCGAGAUAGUGUUUGUCUUUUUCCUGGCCUUAUUCCUACUUCACCGGUAUGGAGACUUCAAGAAACAGCAUAGGCUGGUGAUCAUAGCAACAUUAUUGGCUUGGUAUCUCUGCUUCCUGAUUGUAUUCAUACUGCCUCUGGAUGUCAGUACGACUAUUUAUAAUCGAUGCAAACUUGCGGUUAACUCCAGUCCUGCAGAAAGUAAUGGCUCUUAUGUUACUCUUGCUCCAAGCAAGCAAAAAUGUUUCAAACCCUGGAGUUAUAUUCCUGAUGGAAUUAUGCCAAUUUUCUGGCGUGUUGUGUAUUGGACAUCUCAGUUUUUAACUUGGAUUCUGCUACCUUUUAUGCAGUCAUAUGCUAGAUCAGGAGGGUUCUCCAUCACUGGAAAGAUUAAAACUGCUUUGAUUGAGAAUGCCAUCUAUUACGGCACUUACUUGCUGAUUUUUGGAGCAUUUCUAAUAUAUGUGGCUGUAAACCCAAACUUCAAUUUACAAUGGAGCCAGCUUCAGACUAUUGGAAUAGCUGCUGCAAACACAUGGGGUCUGUUCCUUCUUGUGUUGCUUUUGGGUUAUGGCUUGGUGGAAAUCCCUCGUUCUCACUGGAAUGGGGCCAAGAGGGGUUAUCUACUCAUGAAGACUUACUUCAAAGCUGCCAAACUCAUGACUGAGAAAGCAGAUGCGGAGGAGAAUUUAGAGGAUAUUAUGGAGGAAGUCCGUAAAGUAAGUGAGAGUAUCAAAUAUAACCACCCCUUGAGGAAAUGUGUUGAUACUAUACUGAAAAAGUGCCCUACUGAGUACCAGGAAAGAAUGGGGAGGAACAUGGAUGAUUAUGAAGAUUUUAAUGAAAGACAGAACACUUAUCCCAGUGAAAAAAGUUUGGCUAAACUUCACAAGCAGGUAAUCUAUUCAGUACAGAGACAUCGUCGUACACAGGUCCAGUGGCAAAUUCUUUUAGAGCAAGCGUUUUACCUGGAAGAUGUGGCAAAAAAUGAAAGCAGUGCAACUCGACAGUUUGUUCAUACCUUUCAUUCCCAGGAACCAGAAAAUAAAAUUAUUCAGUAUUUCUACACACCAACGGUUGAGUGGUACUGGGAGUGUCUUCUCCGACCAUGGUUUUACAGAGUGCUUGCAGUUGUGCUGGCCACAUUCUCUGUAAUUGUUGUAUGGUCAGAGUGCACAUUCUUCAGCACAAAACCAGUUUUGUCGCUAUUUGCGGUUUUCAUACAGCUGGCAGAAAAGACAUAUAAUUAUAUAUACAUAGAGAUGGCCUGUUUUCUUACCAUCUUUUUCUUAAGUAUCUGUGUUUACUCUACUGUCUUCAGGAUCCGUGUAUUUAACUAUUACUACUUAGCUUCACAUCAUCAGACAGAUGCAUACAGUCUCCUUUUCAGUGGCAUGUUAUUUUGCCGCCUUACUCCACCAUUGUGCUUGAACUUUCUGGGCUUGACCCAUAUGGAUGCAACAAUCUCUCACAAAAACACUCAGCCAACUGCUUAUACAUCUAUAAUGGGUUCCAUGAGAGUGCUGUCCUUCAUUGCAGAUGGGUUCUAUAUAUACUACCCAAUGCUUGUGGUCAUUCUCUGUAUUGCUACGUACUUCAGUUUAGGAACUCGUUGUUUGAAUCUUUUGGGAUUCCAGCAGUUCAUGGGUGAUAGCGAAAUGACAUCUGAUUUGAUUGAUGAAGGAAAAGAGCUAAUCAGAAGAGAGAAAAGAAAACGACAGAGGCAGGAAGAAGGUGAAAACAGAAGAAGGGAAUGGAAGGAGCGGUAUGGAAAUAGAGAUGAUUCCACCAGAAGCAGAGCUGUCCACACAGACCAGAAAGAAUCCAGCUUCUCAGAGACCAAUGCCAAUAGACCACUAUCAAAGUAUACCCGUUCAAAUGGUAGGACUGAAAGAGAUAGAAUAGAACUCCUCCAGGAUGCAGAACCUUUGGAUUUUAAUGCAGACUCUGUUAGUGAUGACCCCCUUGAAUCGGACUCAGGAAGGUACCAGCCUGGUGGAAGAUACCUGUCAAUGUCUCGAAGCAAAAUAUUUGAUGAUGUCUAAGCUCAUGAAAGCUAAAGCAAAUUCAGUGGAAAUCUAGCUCCUACUCAAUGCUUGGAAAAUACUGUAUCACUGAACCAUCAAAGACUCUUAAAAAAAAAAAACAAAAACAUGAAGGAACAACUCUUUUUGAAAUGCACGUAUAUGAUAACUUCACCACUAGUGAUAGGAAUAUGCUUCUGCUGUUGUAGAUACUCUUGUGCAUCAGUGUGGGCUUUUGUGUCAUGAUCAAAAGGAGAAAACUAUUUAAAGUUAAUAGAUGGUAAACUCACAAAUAUACCUGGGGCUCAAAUUGAACUGUAACAGUCUAUGCUUGGGGAAGAGAUUUUCUGGAAUUUUUUUAUUUUGUAUUUUAACCAAUGCUGUGAGAGCAUAUUGAUGCAUCCAAAGUGCGGUUAUACCAACUAUGCUUUUGCUGAGAAGGGUUGGACUGUAAAGUCAUAGUCACAGAAUGGUUUGGGUUGGAAGGAACCUUAAAGAUCAUCUAAUUUCAAGCCCCUCUGCCAUGGGCAGGGACACCUUCUAGUGUUGCUCAGCCCUCCAUCCAGCCUGGCCUUGAACACUCCCAGGGGUGAGGCAUCCACAAGUUCUGGGUGGCAACCUGUGCCAGUGCAUCAUCACACAUACAGUAAAGAAUCUCUUUACAUAUCUAAUCUCAAUCUGUCUUCUUCCAAUUUUCAGCCAUUUCCCCUAGUCCUAUCACUACACCUCUUGAUAUUGAGUCCCUCUCUAGCUUCCCUUUAGGCACCUUUAGACACUGGAAGGUUUUUCCUGUGGCGUCUCCAUACAAUCUUCUCUUCACCCGGCUGGAAAGCCCCAAGUUUUUCAGCGGGUCUUCAUUGAGGGAGGUGCUCCAGUCCUCUCACCAACCUGGUGGCCUCCUCUGGGUUGGUCCCUGUCCCUCCCAUGCUGGGAGCCCAGCUCUGGAUGCAGUGCUCCAGGUGGGUCUCAGCAGAGCAGAGCAGAGGGGCAGAAUCCCCUCCCUGCCCUGCUGCCCACGGGGCUCUGGAUGCAGCCCAGGACACGUUUGUCUCUCUGGGCUGGGAGUGCCAUGGCAGGGCAUGUGCAGCCUCUCACCCACAGCACCCCCCAAGUCCUUCUGGGCAGGGCUGCUCUGGGGCUGCUCAUGCCCAGCCUGUAAGCUGUGCCAGGAUUGCAAUGACCCAGGUAUAAGACCUUGCCCUUGCUUUGCACAGACCCACCUCUCAAGACUGUCCAGGUCCUUCUGGAUGGCUUCCCUUCCCUCCAGUAUCAACUGCACCACACAGCUUGGUGUCAACAGAAAUCCCUUGAGGUUCCUUCCAACCUGGAACUCUGUGAUUCCAUGAAAUUUUUUGGUAUAAAUUUUGGAGCAAUGUGUGUUGGUUGAAAAAGGUGGUAUUUUUUCUUUUCCAACAUUAUAUGCAGAUACAUGAUUUUAGCAUGUGUAAAUAGUUGAAAUUGAAUAUGGACCUGAGUGUCACUAUCAUAUGAGCAUAUGUGCAAUAGGAAGAAUACAUUAUUGAAGAUACAAUGUCUGCUUAAAAUCUUUACAGAUGUAAUGAUUAAAAAUCAUGGCACUCUAGUGUUUUUGUAACUGUAAAAGAAACACACUAUGAAGAUGGAGUUAAAUACUGAAACAUGAUAAUUUGCACGCACCUCAGGCACGGCUUCAAACAGUAGACUAUUUCUUUAAAAGAAGGGAAAUACAUAGCAUGGCUAGGUAAUGGUAAACACUUUUAAUAUCCUAAAUACCCUGGUUGCAUUAUAUAUCAGUUUUUAAGGUGCCUGUAUUUUGUGGUAGGUUGUUGCAAAAAUAAUAAUACUUUGCCAUUCAAAAAUGCCAAUUAUUAACAGUGUAAAAAAGCUUCACAUUAAUUUCAUUAGUGUAGGCAUAUUUUUAAACCAUAGUUAGUUGUAUGAAUUUUUAAAUAUAAUCAUUAGGUAAAAGAUGUGGUCAAAUUCAUGAUAACUUUGGUAAUUUGAAUAAUUUAAAACGUUUUGGUUUUUGCUGAAAUCUUUACCACUUGGGAGCUUUCUUAUGUGCUUUUUGCAAAAUUAUGUUGAAAACUAAAAGGAAACAUGUGUUUAUCAUACAUUUUUAUCAUGCUUAAAAACACAUCCCUUAAAGCAGCUAGGAAUGAAUUAUUCUGAAAAGUAAGUUUUUAUGAAUGACAUAUUCUAGUAAUUUUUAACAAUAGUCUGUGUUUUCUCAAGUAAUUGUUAAUGGGGAUCUAACUCUACCUCCUGUGAUAUUAGUAUAUGUGUUGUAACAGUGGUAUUUGUAAUACAUUGAUCUGCCUGUUUUGAAACACUGAAUUGUUACUAUGAAGGAGAAAAAAAUCUUUAUUUGUACAGAAAUAAUUAUAUUAAUAAAUUGGCAGACAUACAAUAAUUGUCAGUUUUGUUUUUAGGUGAAUACAGUGAAUGUCAGCCAUGCCCACAGGCAUUCAAGCUCAUGCAAUUUCCAGACUACUCAUCUGAGGUCACUUUUUAGUUUGAGUGCUUUGUGUUUGUAAGAGCUUGUUCCAAGUCUUAGGUUGAAUCUUGUCAGGGACUGGAAAUUGAGAAGAUGAGUCUCUCUUUAUUCAGAUACUUCUUUAGGAAUAAUAUGAUUGUUACUAUAGGACACGAAAGAACACAAGCACACACCACUGUUCUCAAGGUGAAGAGAAAAGGGAAGUUUAUUUUCUGACUCUUAACAUUUUUAGUUUUCUAAAAGUGGCAGUGGAUUGAGGGUGACAGUGCUACCUCUCCAAGGAUGCUAGACAAACUAACAUUCUAUCAAAUUUCUCCUCCUGUAUAAAAGAAUGCAAAACAAUGAGUUAUUUACAAAAAGUGUGAGAAAGUUCACUACAAAAAUGUUAACAUCAGAAGGCUUAGAAAAUCUUAGAAAAUCAAGGCGACAUAUGGUAGCACCUAUUUAUUUUUGAACUUCUUAGUAGUGCUAUCUUGAAUUCAUUCUUAUAUGAAAGGCAUUUAUAUGUUCUUGGGCACCCAUCCUUAUAUGAAAGGCAUAUAUAUGUUCUUAGGCACCCAUGGACAUGAAUGUUCUUAGACUCUAUAUUUGUUUUAAAAAUUUGUAUCAGCAGUUUAUUUAUAAAAAUCUUUGGCAGAAACAAAAUUAAAACUCUUUGUUUAACUCUUGAGAUGUCACUUCAAAAUUCAGGGCCAGUAGAAAAGCUAUUGGAAGGAGCUUCUGUUUUCUGAAAAUCUGUAAAAUAACUUUACCAACUCCCUGGUGACCAGACACUGAGAUUAAGUCUUCUUGGGGCCUGUUUUUCCCCCUCUCAGUGAAAUGGCUGCAAACAGAAUUUUCAGGGGAAACGUGGUCAAGAUUUUAUAUAAAACAGGUAACUAGUCCCUAGUGCAGAUUUCAUUGAAAUACAGUAAUUUGAAGAGUUGACUGUACAAAUUAAUGGCAGUGGAAUUUCAGAUUCUAACAUAGACAUUCUGAGCUGAACAUUUUUGAUGUUGCAGUGGAGUAAGGGAGAACCAGUGGCUGCUUUUUGAGCUCUGAAAAGUUUAAAGAAUUCUCUGUAUAAUGCUUGGCAAUGCCUGGUGUCACAUCCUCCUUGGAUGCUGUUCAGUUAAACACUGAGUUGAUAAGGGAAGUCAGGUUUCCUCCGUAGUGUGUGUUGCUGACCAGGAGCUAUCCAGGCUCUAAUUACAUGCAGUUUAUUGGCUAAUUUAAAGUACGUUUUGGAAACUCAUUAUGGGUUCAAAUGACUGAAUCUGGAAUACUUUCAAUAAAGAAAUAUGGUGUAUAACUACAGAAGAAUAAUAUUUGCUGUUUACUUGAGCUGGUUUCAAACAGGUUUGCUUACUGCUAGUACAAAUAAUGCAGAACUUGGCUGGAGGCUGUGUCCUAAAGGAUUUAACCCACUCCAGAGAGCUGAGGAUGCCCUGUCCCUGGAAAUGUUCAAGUCCAGGCUGGACAUGGCUCUGAGCACCCAGUUCUAGUUGAAGAUGUGCUGGCUGGUUGCAGGUGGGAAGAGGACUAGGUGACUUUUACAGAUCCCUUCCAGCCCAAACUGUUUUGGGAUUUAAUAGCGCUUCUCAGACAGAUUGUGGCAACUCUUGAUGGGUUCAUUUCUGCUACAGCUCCAGUCCUAGUAGCCUUACAGCUAAAUGAAGUUAAAACUAGCUCUGAUGUGUUUAAGCCAUGACUGUAUUCUAGAUGAAGUGUUCCUGCAUCACUUCUGAUGCUCCAGAUUAGGUGAUUUUAAAUACAAUUCCCUUGUAAAGUGUGCUUUUGGAAACGGAGUGUUAACGUAUUUUUCUGUCAGUGUAUAUACAGAGUCAUAUUUAUUUGCUGCUAAAGCAUGUCAAUUAUAUAUUUUUUUAAUUGUUUCACUUCCUGAAUUACUGAGCAGUUAGUGUAUAUUUCUUGCCAUCAUUUCUGCAGUUUUUUCUCUAUCAGUGAACACCAAAAAAAGCCCCAAAACACCAAAAAUCCCACCCAAGUUAAGUACAAAUGUUUGAAUGUCUUCCUGUCAAAGAUUUAAAUGAGUGAAAAUAAUGUGUGCAAGUCACAAUGAACUUCAGAAAGCAGUUUGAAAACAGUCCCUAAAUCAGCGUUGGAGUUCUUAAAAAGUAAGGAUAGGCAAAAAGCUGUAGUCAAACUUAUUACUCCUACUAGAUUGGUAGUUCUUUUUUUCUUAAUACAUAUUUUGAUAUAUAUAUUGGGAAAUAUGUGCCCUACUGAGCUAAGGAGGGGUACAUCUCUCAGCUGUGAAGUGAGGCAGUGUUUUUAUGAGGGAAGGUAAAAGAUAAUGUAAUUUAUAAUCUGUGCUCAUAGUGAUAUGUCAUCCUUUGGGCAAAGGAUGACAUAGCUUCUUAUUUAACUACAGUAAAGUAUAAGAAAGAGAGAAACUUUAUGCUUCUAUAAAUUACACUACUGGAAAAAUCAUAGUAUGUAAUCUGACUUUAUUUUGCAAUCAAGCACUUGUAAAGUAGUCAUUAACAGUAUUAACAGGAAUGGUGGAAAGCUGCUGUCUUUUCAAUAUUUUUUCGUGCUAUUAUAAAAUAUAACAUGAACAAUGAUUUUUACAUAGGAAGUAUUAAAAAUUAUUACUAUGAUUUUCUAUAAUUAAGGUAAUUUGUAUUUUAUUAAAUUUGUCUUGGAAUACUGUAAAUAUUAUGUGAAAAAUACUACAUUUAGUUUCAGUUUUCAUUAUUGUUUAAUUACUUGAAAUCUAAGGGGCAUUCAUAACACCAAAUAGAGAAUACUUUAUGAAGGAAAACUUUUUAUGAAGCUUCUUAAAAAAAUCUGACUGGUUCAUUACAUACAUAUAGGUGCAUCUUAAUUAUUAACAAUAACACUACUAAGGGGAUAUAUCGUGUCCUAGCUUUUUACAUUUUCUUUGAAAUUCAAAAAAUUGUUACUUUUUUCAGAGUAGCUUAGUUGUGAAUCUUGUAAACUUUCUGAAACUUUUACAUUCCUUUUCCCUAAUGGGCUCUGCAGGAACAUGUACUGCUUCAUGGCAGUUACCUAAUACUAGCUGUGCCUCUAAUUAAGUAGUCUAAUCUGAAGCUGAGACACUCCUACACCAUUUGAUUAUGUUAACAGAAAUUCAGCAUUCCUAGCAAAAAAAAUUAAAAAGGCACGUUCAACUAGAUCCCUUUUAAAUACAUUAAUUGCCGUUGUUGAUUUUAUUGCAUUGUGUCAUAUCGUAAGCUCAAUCAGGUUUAUUCCUUUUUCUUCUUAGAAUGCAUUGGAAUGAAGUCCUUAGCAUGCUUUUGUGUGCAUGUGUGUGUUUUAGUAUGCAGCUUCAGUUAUUUCCUCAGGAUACUGUUGUUAUAUUUGACAUAUUCCUGUGAACUAGAAGUUUCAGAGUGAUACUUUAGCUGCCACUGUGGAAAUUAAUUAUUUUCAAUAGAAAUACAUUGUGUUUCUGUAGAGGUAUCUGGAAGAUAAAGGAAUUCAUUUGUAAGUAUAGGUUUAGUAAUAGACUUCCAUUCUCCAGUGUAUAUCAAGAUAGGCUGUAGGAGUGCUGCUUAUGGAUAGACUAUCUUCUUUUGCCUUAUGAUACAAGUGUGUAUGCAUAAAUACCUUGUUUUGAAAUUCACAGAGUUAAACAUUUUUCUCUGUAGUGUUCUGAAUUACUGUUGUUACUGGAUUAUAUUUUUGAAAUGUGUGUUACGAUAUAUAUAAUCAAAUACUUAAAUUGGCAUGAAUAAAUAAUUUCUGCAAUACA